AUGGCAGACGAAACCAGUCAGGCAAAAGAUUCAACUUCUACUUCAAAACAUGCUAAGAAAUGUUUGAUCUGUGGUGCCACUCCAGCUUACAAUGUUUACGGAUCGGUGGCAUGCGGAAGUUGCAAGAAUUUUUUCAUGCGAGUUGCCACAUCGGAUCGAGAGUUGCCUCCAUGUCAGAGUUCAGGGCAAUGCGUGGAGGAGAAUUUUCUCGCAAAAGGU